AUGGGGACGUCGGCGCCGUGCUCGGCGGCGCAAAAUGGCUCGUACGCGCAAGCCAUCGCCGCGACCCUCUCCGACUCGUGCGCGCCCGCGCUUCGGACGCCGUACAGUGCGACCUUUUCCAGCGUCCUGGCCGAGGAAGGCAGCCACUUUACGCUGUGUCAACCCGCGUGCAGCGAGGAUCUCGCCAACUACACACGGAGCGUCCCGUCCUGCGACGAGGUGAGCGCAGCCGUCGCGAAUCUCACGUCGUUUCGGUCGUUCUGCUACGACGUGACGCAUCCGACCAUGGACGGUGGCGCCUGCACGAGCACCGAUGCGCACCGUGACCGGCUUGUCGCGGGACUUGAGGGGCUGCAAUGGUACUGCGGGUCGCCGGCGUGUCGCGACAACAUGACGGCUAGGCCGGGGGUCUGCACGACCGCCGACAUCGAGACGCUCCGGAAUUUGGCCGCCCAUCCUGUCUGGACCCGAUGCGCGUCCGCGCUCAACAUGUCGCUGUGGAGCAACUGUUCGGCGUUCUUGCGUACCGACAUGCCACUGGCAUGGUGUGCGACGACGUGCCCCGAGUUUCACGCUACGAUGCUCACCACCGAGGUGCCGCAGUGCAACCUCACGACGCUACCGACGUACCAGCGCGGUGAACUCGCGCCUUUCUUUGAUAUGCUAUCGACAGCCCAAGCAGAGGUCGCGUCCUUGGGCGUGGUGGGCGCCACCGCAGCGUACAUGGCCAAAUUCUGCCCUGAACCACCGACACCGACACCGACAACGACAACGACGCCAACAACAACGCCAACACCGACGACCCCGACACCAACACCGACAACACCGUCGUCGCCACCGUUUUGCCGUCGUGCUUGCCAUGUUGGUCGUAGUCUAGCCUGUCCCCUGUAGAAUACAUGCGACG